AUGUCGGGCAAGCUCUCGCGCGAGGAAUAUCGCAGGCAGAAGGAUCUGGAGGCGGCACGGAAGGCUGGAACGGCGGCUCCGGCGCUUGAUGAGGAGGGAAAGCCGAUCAACCCUCACAUUCCCGCCUUCAUGGCGAACGCGCCGUGGUACUUGAAGGGCGAGACGUCGACCGACGGACCGUCCCUCAAGCACCACAAGCUGGGCCUGCCUGAGUACAACAAGGACCCCGGCAAGCUCGCGAGCAGGUUCGAGAGGGGCGCAAGGGCUGGUCCGGCAGCGAAGAAGUACCGCGCCGGCGCAUGCACCAACUGCGGUGCGAUGACGCACUCAGCGAAAGACUGCCUUGAACGACCUCGCAAAGUCGGCGCCAAGUACACGAACAAGAACAUCGCGGCCGACGAAGUGAUCCACGACUCGGCUGCGCACUUGAACGGCUUGCAGGGGCAGGGCGACUACGACGCGAAGCGCGAUAGGUGGGACGGGUACGACCCGAGCAUGCAUAAGCAGGUCGUGGAGGAGUACGAGGCGCUCGAGGCUGCCAGGCGCAAGUUGCGCGAGGAGGCGAUCGAUCGCGGGACGGCGGAGGCGAGCAGCAAGGAGGUUACGAAGCUUGCGAAGAAGGGAAAGGCGAAAGGCAAGGGGAAGGGAAAGGCGAAGGAGGCGGACGAGUCGGACGAGUUUGGGUCGUCGGACGAGUCGGACGAGGACGGAGCCGACGACGACGAGGACAAGUACGCCGAGGGCGCGGACGUCGCGGGUCAGAAACUCGACACCAAGACGCGCGUGACGGUCCGCAACCUCCGUAUCCGCGAAGACACCGCCAAGUACCUCAUGAACCUCGACGUCGACUCGGCGUACUACGACCCGAAGACACGUUCGAUGCGCGAGGCGCCCAAUCCCGCCCUCCAACCCGAAGACGCCUCCUUCGCCGGCGAAAACUUUGUCCGACACUCUGGCGGCGCGACCGAGCUCCAGAAGCUCCAAAUGUUCGCCUGGCAAUCGGAGAACCGCGGCCACGACGUGCACAUCCAAUCGAACCCGACCGCCGCCGCCUUGAUGCACAAAGAGUUCCUGCAGCAGAAGGAGGUGUUGAAGGACAAGAGUUCGGCGUCGAUCCUCGACAAGUAUGGAGGCGAACAGUACCUCCAGGCUGUGCCGAAGGAGUUGAGGGUCGGGCAGACGGAGAAUUAUGUCGAGUACGACAGGAGGGGGAAGGUGAUCAAGGGUAUGGAGCGCGCAAAGGCCAAGUCCAAGUACGACGAGGACAUCUAUCCCGGCAACCACCAAUCGAUCUGGGGCUCGUGGUACCAGCUCUCCACGGGCAAAUGGGGCUACGCAUGCUGCCACUCGACCAUCAAAGGGUCGUAUUGCGCGGGACAAGCCGGAAUCGAAGCUGCGGAGGCUGAAGCGAACCCCUCAGCCACUAUCCUCGCCCUUCCGUCCUCCUCCUCGACGAAGGACACGGACGCCGGCAAGUCGCUCAUGCAGCUCAAGCAGGAGCGAGACGACGAGGAGCGUAAGAAGCGCAAGGCCGAUUCGGGUUCUGCGGCUGAGGAGCGGGGCAAGAAGGCGCGCAAGGAGGGCGACAAGGAGGAUGCUGGGAAGGGCGAGAAGGAUUUUGCGGGCGUUACAGAGGCGGAGAUGGAACGGUACCGCCGCGACCGCGAACAACGGUUCGACGACCCGAUGGCGCAGCUGCAAGGCGACGAGCUCCUUCCCUUGUAA